UUAACCCAUAGCCUUGGCCAUUUUCUGUCUCGACGCCGCUCUCCUUUGCUCUCUCUCACAUCAUUGCUUGCAGCUCUGACAUUCCUAAAUAAUAUUCUCAUCCACAACUGUGAGAGUCGAGCAAAGGUCUUGUUUCACAAUCUAACCAGAACAACGCACUCUCUUUUUCCUUUGCACACGUCGAGCCCGGCACCAUGUUGGUCAACGGAGAGGCUCAGCGCCCUAACGGCGUGUACUCGAGUCCCAUGGUCCACGAGCAUCCCCGACCACUCAAGAUUGCCAUUGUAGGCGCCGGCAUUGGUGGUUUAAGCACAGCUAUAGCACUGCGCCGGCAAGGACACCAAGUUGACUUGUAUGAGCAAACAAGGCUCGCCAACGAGACCGGUGCCGCCGUUCACCUGGCGCCCAACUCCAACGGCCUCUUGCGAAGAUGGGGCAUCUACGCCGAGACGUUCGGCGCCAACCCUGCGCACCACUUCAAGGAGAGAGACCUGCAAAACCAAGGCGGCUUCGACGUCGACAUCACAAAGUCCCAGGGCCAAUGGCAGCAUCCCUGGCAGCUCGUCCACCGCGCCUACCUUCACAACGAGAUCCGCAACGUCGCCACCGCGGAGGACGGGGGGGUCACCACGCCGGCGAAGCUUCAUGUCGCGUCCAAGGUUGUCGGCGCGGACCCCGAGAAGGGCGAGUUAUCGCUGGAGGACGGGACGACCGUCCAGGCGGAUGUCAUCCUCGGUGCUGACGGUAUCUAUUCCAAGGUCAGGAGAUUCGUAACCGGCACCGACUACAAACUUUUCCGGUCGGGCAAGGCGGCGUUCCGUUUCCUCAUCCCCCGCGCCGCGGCGCUCGAGGAUCCCGUUACUGCACCUUUGGUCGACAGGGAGAACUCUCUGGGUAUUUGGUUUAGUACAGACAGGCGCAUCGUGAUUUACCCGUGCAACAAUAACCAGCUUCUCAACUUUGUUUGCAUCCACCCCGAUACCGAGUCUCAAGCAAAUGCAAGCGACGAAUGGAAUAAGAAGGGUUCUAUUGAACAACUACUCAAGGUUUACCAAGACUUUGAUCCUGCCCUAUUGCAGUUGAUCAAGAAGGUUCACCCCGAUGAAGUCAAUGUCUGGCAAUUGUUGGAUAUGGAGGCCAUGCCGACGUGGGUGAAUGGCAAGCUCGCCCUUCUGGGAGACGCCGCGCAUCCUUUCACACCUCAUCAGGGGCAAGGCGCAGGUCAGGCGAUGGAAGACGGGGCAGCGUUGGCGGUCGUUCUACCAAAGGGGACAUCUCCCGACGAGGUCCCUGAACGUUUACGUCUGUACGAAAAGAUCCGCAUGGAGCGCGCGCACAAGAUACAAGAGUUCUCUCGUCAAGCCGGCAAGGACAGGACACCAGGCCAACCACCUGCCAUCCAAAUGAUGAACUACACAAACUACAACUUUGGCCACGACGAACACGACCACGCCACAAAGAUCUUCAACAAGUACCUCUGGUCCAAGAAGCAGGAUAUGUACUGGCGCAUGCCCAUCGGCUUCGGUCCCUUCCCGGGUCCCCGACAAGACUUCUUCGGCCGACGACAGCCCUCCGAGCUCGAGCGCACCUUCAAGACAAUGUCGGUCAAAUUCCUCACGUCGCGCACCCUCCUCGAGAGCAUCCUCCCCACGGACUCGUUCCGCUUCAAGGACCCCGGCACCGUCUGCGCCGCCUCGCUCUCCGUCACCCAGCUCAACAACAUGUCCUGGCUCGGCGGCGGCGGCUACAACCACCUGGGCCUGUACAUCCACGGCAUCGAGUACGUCAAGCGCGACGGCGCCGCGAUCAACGGCACCCACCUGUCGGUGCUCUUCGAGUCCCUGACGGACCCCAUCGUCUCCGGGCGCGAGGAGCUCGGCAUGCCGAAGCUGUUUUGCGACAUUGACCUCGAGCACCACGCCACGGCGGCGCGCGUCCGCGCCUCGUGGCGGGGCGCCACGUUUGCCGACAUUUCGCUCAAGAACUUGCGCCGCGACGAGCCCGAGACGGAGCACGGUACCAUUGGUGGCGAGGCGGACUACGGGAUCCUGACGUACCGGUAUAUCCCUUCCGUCGGGCAGCCGGGCAAGGCUGAUGCCGAGUACGCGUGUGUUGUGCCGCAUGAGGAGGAGGCCAAGGACGUGCCGGCUACGGUGCAUGCCGUGUCGAGGGCGUCUACGGCUGAUGUGUCGGUUAAGAUGGAUGGUCAUGAUUGGGAGAAGCUGCCGACGUUGCAUCACGUUGCCAAGUUCUUGGCUGAGAUGCCCAUCUAUGAGGUUGUGGGCGCAAAGGUAGUGGAGGGAACGGGCGUGCCGAAUGUUUCUGCGGCUCGGAGGAUAGAAUAGGGACGACAGGUCCAAAGUUCUAGGGUCAAGGAGGAGAGAUUGUCACAUCAUCAGAUAGUUAGCUUCUCAUGGUUGAACGCAUUGUGUACAUUUUUCUUUUCUCAUAGUGGCCUUCAGGCUUUAGGCCUGAUGAAUACCCAACAUUGUAUUUUGAUUUUGAUCACCAAAGCCCGUAAGAAAUUGAAAGUGCCCUAAACUAAGAUGUGACCAUGAGUAUCUUUUCUGCAAUCCGACUUCCAAGACUUCAUACCCUGUCCUGUUUGUUCUCGAACUCAUCGAAUUCAAUUCUUUCACGCCGACUUCCAUCAGCCCUCCCCUCCGUUUGCCCGGCUCUUACAGUCAGUCGCCCGUGAGCCCGAACCCGAAAUCUCAGAUCAACGAUGCCUACCCGAGAUGGUGUCAACGAUGAACGAUG